UUAUUACUUGUCAUAUGAUGUACCUAUUGAAAACCAAUUUUUAAUAAGCAAUUUUUUUUAAUGGUCAACAAAAUAUGCCACCUCAGUAAAAAUAUAUUGUGAUCACUGAUUAGUAUUAAAAAAAAUAAAAUAUGAAUGAAAAUAAUCAUUCCUACAAAUUCUGGACAUUUUACAACAUAUAUAUAUAUAUAAACGGAGGAAAAAAGAAAGUUGAUUUACCUUAAGUCACCUUCUUGAAGAUACAAAUAGUCUGGCGUGCCGAAAGUGACUCGCACCCAACCCUGUCUGAGUACAAGAAUAAUAAUAUCUAGAUGCUCAUUGACUCUUGACUUUGAAAACUAUAAAACUAUUUUUUUUUUUCAAAAAAUUUUAAAAAAAUUCUUUUUUUUUUUCCCAACAAAACAACCUCAAAUUCAGUGUUUUAUUUUAUACUUGUAAUUUUAAGAAAUAUAAUUUCUAAGAAUUUACCAUGUAUUUCUAACCAAAGAAAAAACAUCCAUCAGUAAUCACCAUUAAUUUGCCUCGGAAUCAGACCUCGAUCAAAGAUUAACGGUUAGAUUGAGAGAGAGAGAGAGAGAGAGACUCACCAUCACCAGUAGUGGUUGUGGACCUUGUAAUUCGUGUUCCAAUGGUGUUCUUCUUCUUCUUGCUUUCCUUCCUUCCAGUCAAACCCUCGUCACCAUUUGAUAAUUACUUCUCUCCCAAGCAAGCCCUUUUCCGACGCAAUCCCAAUCCCGAUCCCUAAUUCCUAAUCGCUUCUUGUCCAUAUCUCGAUCUCGGUCCCGAUCCCGAUCCAUCAAUGGACGGCGCUGUGCAAGCCCUAAUCGCCGCCGUCGCCAGCUUCUUCAUCGUUUCCUUCCUCAUCGGUGUUCUUCUCCUACUUUGCCGCCGUCCGUCGAAGCCUCCAUCGCUCGCCGCCGUCUCCCCCGCCUUCCGCCCCGGCCCCACUCUUCCCGUAGCCAGCGCCACCUUCGAUCCCUCCAUCAGCCAUAUCUCCAUGACGGAGCUCGCCAUCGCCACUAAAAACUUCUCAGCGGACGCCAUCAUCGGGGACGGAGGUUUCGGCUUCGUCUACAAGGCUCAGCUCACCUCCGGUGCCACCGUCGCCGUGAAGCGCCUCUCCGCCGACGCUUUCCACGGUCCUCGUGAGUUCUGCGCCGAGAUGGAAACCCUAGGUCGCAUCCGGCAUCGAAAUCUCGCUCGGCUUCUCGGCUACUGCAUCUCAGGUCCGGAUCGGCUCCUUAUAUACGAGUUCCUUCCGGGCGGCAGCCUGGAUCACUGGCUCCACCAAUCCGACUCGGCCGAGUCAGGUCCGGGUCGGCUGAGUUGGACCGAUCGAGUGGCGAUUCUGAGAGGCGUGGCGACGGGGCUCGCAUUUUUGCACGAAGAAUGCAAGCCAAUGAUCAUCCACAGAGACAUCAAGGCCAGCAACGUCUUGCUCGACGCCGAACUCGGCGCGAGAAUCGCCGAUUUCGGCUUGGCUCGCCGAGUCGACUCAGCGAGGUCUCACGUGUCAACCCAAGUGGCGGGAACAAUGGGGUACAUGGCACCAGAAUACCGCGAGGGGAACACAGCUGCCACGUGGAUGGGUGACGUGUAUAGUUUUGGAAUCUUGAUGUUUGAGGUGGCGACCGGAAAGAGGCCGAACUGGCCGAUCAAGGGUGAGGAUGGAAAGGAUGUGAGCUUCGUUAAGUGGGCUAAAGGGAUGGUAGAGGCCGGGCGAGGGUGGGAGAUUUUGGACCCUUGGAUGGAAAAAGAAGGGGUGAGAUGUGACGAUGUGGAUGGGUUUCUUUGGAUCGCUCAUAGGUCUACUGAUGAGAGUUGUAGAAAGAGGCCGAGUAUGGUUGAAGUGGUGUCUUUGCUUAAUCAGCUGCCAUGUCAUAGUUUCAAGAUUAGUAUUUAGUGCUACAAAUCAAUAGAUAAUUAUAUAUUAUUAUUAUUAUUAUUAAUAAAUAUUAUUGGUGAAUUACAUCA